AUGCCUAAAUUCUACGAGGCCAAAGAGGAUGGCAGGGCCUGCUCGGGAAUCAGGGAGGACUUCAAGGCAUGUCUCCUUCAACACGACCUUGUUGUAAAGGAGGGGAAGAUGCCCAGUCAGUGUCUGAAGGAGGGCCACUGUAAGGCACUGCAGACCUCUUUCUUCGAGUGCAAGAGGUCCAUGUUAGAUAACCGGUCCAGAUUCAGGGGAAGGAAAGGCUACUGAUGGACCAAAGUUGAAAAUCUCUGCAAUACUCACAGCACUGAAAUGAUUAAUUGUGAAUAGUAGCAAAACUAACUUAAAGGGGUCCAAAUGGGGGUUG